AAGCGUGUUUUGAUUGUAAUUAGAGCGUGUCUACUUGGCACCAAUUAGCUGUUGGCUAACAGUGACGAGAAGGGGUAGAGAUCUAAACUGUGCCAUCAUAUUUUACUAGGCGUCUACAAAUUACAGCAGCUAAAUAUGUGAAGAGAUUUUAGCGGUAUAUCAACUUUUGUUCGAUAGUUGGUUGUAAUUUUUCCACGAUCACAACUGGAUGCAGAGACGUCUUCUUUUGUUAGCUCCCAACACUAUCUGUGUAGGCCUACACCCUCUUUGCACUCUUGUCAGGUGUCAUCAGCUCUUGAAAGUGUUUAGGGUCUUGCCUGUCUUUUCAUGCUUUGAACAUCUACUUCCACCUGUUCGUGCAUUCAGGUUUCCCACGGAAAUCUCUAAUUUUUCCUCAGCAUCGCAGUUUUCCCAUAAUUUCGUCCAGAAUUAUCCUCACCAGCAUUUCCUGCAUCAUUGUUUUUCCACUGAGCCAGAUAUGGCAGAUCAGAGGUUCCUUGUGGAAUAUGCCAAACGUGGUACUGCAGGUUGUAAGAAAUGCAAGGACAAAAUUCAGAAGGGCAUAGUGCGGAUAGGGAAGAUUGUGCCAAACCCUUUCAGUGAGUCUGCAGGGGAGAUGAAAGAGUGGUAUCAUGUUAAGUGUAUAUUUGAGAAGCUGGAAAGGGCAAGAGCCACCACGAAGAAGAUUGAGGACAUCACAGAUCUGGAGGGCUGGGAGGAGCUACAGGAUGAAGACAAGGAUCUCAUUAAUAAGCACAUUUCAGACCUGAUGGCCAAAGUCAGUUCAAGUCCAAAGAAGAAAGUGCAGGCCAAAUUGAACACCUCUGCUCAGCUGAUGGCUCCUCCUGCUGAUACAUCUGUCAACGCUCCACGCAAAUUUUCAGGAUUCACUGCUGCGAAGGCCAGCACCUCCGGCAGCUCAGGAACACAAUCCUCUUCCCCUGCCAAAGCCAGUCAAGGCAGCACCCUCUCUGCACAGCUUUGUGACCCUCAGCAUAAGGAUUGCCUCUUCAGAGAAUAUCGCAAACUCUGUGCCACGGUGUCAGAAAACAACAGCUACAAUACCAAGACACAGAUUAUUGAGAAGUUUCUCAAGAAGGGCUCAGGUGGAGAUAAAUUCCAUGGAGAUCUUUAUCUGACAGUGAAGCUUCUCUUGCCGGGCGUCAUAAAAAAUGUCUACAACCUCAAUGACAAACAGAUCGUAAAACUCUUCAGUCGCAUAUUCAAAUGCAACCAGGAUGCCAUGGUGCGGGAUCUGGAUCAGGGUGAUGUGUCUGAGACAGUGAGGUUGUUCUUCGAGGAGAGUAAAUCAUUUCUUCCGGCUGCCAAGAGUCUCCUGACCAUCCAGGAAGUGGACGCAUGCUUGACCCGUCUUGCCCAGCUGACCAAGGAGGAUGAGCAGCAGACUGAACUGGAGGAUAUUGCCAAAAAAUGCACCAGUAAUGACCUGAAAUGCAUCAUUCGACUUAUCAAACAUGAUUUGAAGAUGAAUGCUGGUGCAAAACAUGUCUUGGAUGCUGUGGAUCCGAACGCUUACGAUGCCUUCAGGGCCUCACGUAAUCUGGGUGAUGUGAUUGAUCGGGUGUUGAGGAAUCAGCAGGAGGCAUCCAGUGGUUCAGGACCCAGGAAACUCCUCACUGUUGAGGCAUCACUCAUGACCCCCGUUCAGCCUAUGUUGGCAGAAGCAUGUAAAUCUGUGGAGUACGCCAUGAAGAAAUGCCCCAAAGGAAUGUACUCUGAGAUUAAGUAUGAUGGAGAACGUGUGCAGGUCCAUAAGAACGGAGACAACUUCAGCUACUUCAGUCGCAGCCUCAAACCAGUGUUGCCCCACAAGGUGGCCCAUUUCAAAGACUACAUUCCUCAGGCUUUUCCCGGUGGCCACAGUAUGAUACUGGAUGCUGAAGUCCUCCUAAUUGACACAAAGACCAGUAAACCACUGCCCUUUGGGACCUUGGGAGUACACAAGAAAGCAGCCUUUCAAGAUGCCAACGUGUGCCUUUUUGUUUUCGACUGUAUCUACUUCAAUGGCGUGAGCCUCAUGGAGAGGCCUCUGUGUGAACGCAGGAAGCUCCUGCAAGACAACAUGGUGGAAGUCCCCAACAGGAUUCUGUUUUCAGAGAUGAAACACAUCACUAGGGCAGGAGACCUAGCUGAUAUGAUAACUCGUGUCAUCAGAGAGGGACUCGAAGGCCUGGUACUGAAAGACAUAAAAGGCACCUAUGAACCAGGGAAGCGCCACUGGUUGAAAGUGAAGAAGGACUAUUUGAAUGAAGGCGCAAUGGCAGACACAGCUGACCUGGUCGUGCUGGGGGCCUUCUAUGGAAAAGGCUCAAAUGGGGGCAUCAUGUCCAGUUUUCUAAUGGGCUGUUAUGACCCGGACUCCAAGAAAUGGUGCACAGUCACCAAGUGCUCCGGAGGCUAUGACGACGCCACCUUGGCCAGGCUCCAGAAGGAGCUGGAUGUGAUCAAAAUCAGCAAGGACCCAAGCAAAAUCCCAGGCUGGUUGAAAAUCAUCAAGAACUAUUAUCCAGAUUUCAUUAUCCGUGAUCCUGAGCAAGCACCGAUCUGGGAGAUCACAGGCGCUGAGUUUUCCAAAUCAGAAAUGCACACCGCUGAUGGCAUCUCCAUCCGCUUUCCUCGCAUGACUCGCAUCCGUGAUGACAAGGACUGGAAGAGCGCCACCAACUUGCACCAGCUUAGGGAGCUGUACCGCAUUUCUAAGGAGAACUGUGACUUUCAAGUGACAGCUGGACCAUCUACAUCCAAUGAUGAUAAGGGCUCAUCAGGAGGGGACAGCGGAGGAAACUCCCCAUCGUCGUCAUCCCGUGGAGGUGGUCCUCCCAAGAAGGCCGGCAACAGUAUUUCACCCAAACCCAAGGUGAUGAAAUCCCAGUCUCGUACUCCUGGAUCAGAAACACCUAGUGCCAAGAAGGUGAAGAAGAAUGAAAAUGUUCACAGCAAUGGACAAAGCAAAACAAAGGCAACCUCUCAACUGCUGGAGCCAAGGAAUGACAAGACACUGUUGGACAUCUUCAGUGGGGUGAAGCUCUUCCUGCCGGUCUCAGUACAGGACUUUGACAAACUGAGACGCUACUUUGUGGCAUAUGAUGGAGACCUUGUACCAGACUAUGAAGCUACCACGGCCACACAUACUCUGGCUGAACCUGAAGACGACAGCCAGGCCCAGAGAGUUACACCUGGCUGGAUCUGGGAAUGUAUCCGCAAGAGGCGUGUUGUUCCUCCCUGUUAAGUGGAGAAUAAAAACAAAAAAAAAAUUUACUAUACUGUGUUCACCUGUGUAUAAACCUCAUCAGUGUACCUAAAUGUGUGGCACUACAUGAACACUGUUGACCUUUAGAAUUUGGGGAGUCUGUCAUUUUUAUUUAUUUUUCCAUGCCUUUUCUGUUUUCUAUAUACAUAUACUAUCAUUUUAUUUUUGGAGCUUUACUUUUUUUACAAUUAAGGGCAGUUGUCAAUACUUGUGAAGGAUGUAGUCAGUUUACUGAUGACAUUCUUGAUGAAAUUAGUUAUGGUUAAGAAACAAGUGUGCUGUAGAUGCAGUGUUUUCCCCUUAAAUCAUGAAAUACAUUUUACAAAGACAUCAUGUAACAAAGCACAGUACGGACUUAAAGUAAAUUCUCUUGAUUUAUAUUAUUUUUACUGCCAUAGCAAAACUUUUUGUGAGGUAUAAAACCCCAGCUCAUGAACUGAGUAUAACCAAAUUUGUUUGGUGUUAGGAAAAACAAACUGAUAGAUAAUAAAAAUGUCUCUGGAACAUCAUUCUAAUG